GUAUUUACCAAGAGGUGGCGCGCAAGAGGCUCUCAGCUUACGAUCCACACUGCAGGUUUGAUGAUCUCAGCUACAUCACCCUAGCAUACAAAUCCCUGGAGCCCGAACCUAAUCAGAAGCUGCUGGACAACUGGAAAAGUUGGACAGGUGCGCGCUCAAUCAUGGAGGACUUCGGAGGUAAGGUGCCUGUGCAAGAGGUGAUCUUCUUGGCACGCGAGCACCCAUUCGACUUCAGCGUGUUCGCCUACAUCGUUUUGAUGAGUUUCCAGCCUAGCGAAGAAGUCCGGCCCUGGGUCCUCUACUAUAUUCAGAAGCUGCGCGUCGAGCGCUGGUUCGGCUACAUCACCCUGUACGCCGCGGCGCCCAGCUUCAAGAACUCAGCUGCGGGCUCCAUCGACGCCUGAGCUUACCGGCGCCUGGCCGCACCAGCCGCCCUGGGAUAAUCCGACCAGCCAGAGAGGCUGCAUCUGUGCCCGGCAGGCAGAUGACGAAACUCUGUUCUGCAACAGCAACACAUUCAGCGAAAAUGCAACAAACGAUGACUGUUGUUUUUGUCGCCAGGGCCGUGUGCGGUGCAAAAAUACCAAUAGCAUCGCAGAGCGGCAAGUGAUCUGCCAAAAAUGUUCCUGUUCGCUAUACACGUCGCACGACAACAUAUAGCACGCGAUGCUCAGCGAUCUUUGCUAGUUAGAAAUAACAAAGCUUUCAUGCAUCUGACAUGUUAAUUAAGCAGCCAAUAUGCGUCAGCACCGACAAUAUCAAACGCAUGCGAUCAUGUUUUGCACAUUUGUAAAUCCUCCUAGCCGUAUAAGCUGCGCUAUUGUUUACAUCUAAGCAACGUCUCAUUGAGCGCGAGAACAGUUCACUUACAUGCAAAUGUAUCUUGCAUCUGUUGAAUUCUUGGAGAUCGUAGCUAGUAAAUGACGGGCACGCUUAUCUCUUGCUGUGUGUUUUUUAAUUAUAUGUACAGGCUCAACACAGUGCCCUGUGGUGCCUGGUGCUAAUGACAAUUACAUUUCACUUCACGCGUUUAUAUGUUGGUCAAGGCAAUAAGUGUAGCCAAUAAACAGCAUAGUCUUUCA